AUGCUUGUGUCGCGGAUCGGAGCCGCUGCUGCGUGGGGCGGCUGCAGGAGAAGAAUGGGAAAUUUUACCUCAUCCACAAGGGGGACCACCACAGCGUGUGUGCAGUAUGUCCAGGAGGUGGUCUCUCAGAACUGUGUGGUGAUCUUCUCAAAGACCACGUGUCCGUACUGUCGAAUGGCCAAAAGUGUCUUUAACGAGAUCGGAGCUAGUUACAAAGUGAUCGAACUGGACGAACACAAUGACGGCAGGAGGCUGCAGGAGGCUCUGGCCCAGAUGACCGGAGCACGGACUGUUCCCAGAGUCUUCAUCAACGGGAACUGCAUUGGUGGUGGUUCCGACACCAAACAGCUGCAUCAACAGGGGAAGCUGCUGCCAAUGAUCGAGAAGUGCGCCCCCUGCUGUUCCAGCGGAGAAGGCUCCGGCAGCGGACACUUCGAGGCGGCUAAAUGA